GAAACAGGUGUGGGGCCUGUGGGAGGACCGUGUACCACGCAGAAGAGGUGCAGUGUGAUGGCCGGAGCUUCCACCGCUGCUGCUUUCUCUGCAUGGUUUGCAGGAAAAAUUUAGAUAGCACAACAGUGGCAAUUCAUGAAGUAGAUGAAGAGAUCUACUGCAAAUCCUGCUGUGGAAAGAAGUAUGGGCCAAAAGGCUACGGUUACGGCCGGGGCGCUGGCACGCUUAACAUGGACUGUGGCGAGAGGCUGGGCAUCAAACCAGAGAGUGUUCAGCCUCACAGGCCUACGACAAAUCCAAACACUUCUAAAUUUGCUCAGAAAUACGGAGGUGCUGAGAAGUGUUCCAGAUGUGGGGAUUCUGUAUAUGCUGCCGAGAAGAUCAUUGGAACUGGAAAGCCCUGGCACAAAAACUGUUUCCGAUGUGCAAAGUGUGGGAAGAGUCUUGAAUCAACAACUCUGACUGAAAAAGAAGGUGAAAUCUAUUGUAAAGGAUGCUAUGCGAAGAACUUUGGGCCCAAGGGAUUUGGCUAUGGCCGAGGAGCAGGGGCUCUUGUUCAUGCCCAGUAAGGUGUAAACCCAGAACUAAUCAUCACACACUGAGAAUCUCUUCAUAAUCUAGGCACAGA